AGACACCAAGAAACUAGCCUAUUUAAUCCACCAAUGCACCCCAAUCUAUUACCAGUACAGCGGCGCUUCUGCACACGGGCGGAUUAGUUAGCGCGGCACCGAGGUGUUAAUUAAAAUUCUUAAAUUUUUUUGAAGCUUGACAAAAGCUCCGAAAGCCAUGCAAUCGGCACCGGAAAAGGCAAAAUCAAUCUUCGAAUUUACCGUCACGGAUCUGAACGGUAACGAGGUGUCGCUCGACCGCUACCAGGGCACGGUGUGCCUGAUCGUGAACUUCUCCACCAAGGAUGCUGCGUUCGAGAAGGUGUUGGGUCUUCUCACGCCGCUCGUCCGCAAGUAUCACAACGACACCCGAAAAGAUUUGAACGUCCUCCUCUUCCCAUGCUUCCAAUUCGGCUCCAAAGAAACGGCGGACGAAAUCGUACGGCAGUUCGAGUGCAGCGGUCCGGUCGGUGAGAUUUUCGCCGAGAUCGAGGUGAACGGUUCGAAAGCACCGGGACUGUAUAGGUAUCUGAAGGCGAAAAAGCCGGGCAACUGUGGCGGAUUCAUCAACAGCAACUUUACCAUCUUUCUUACCGACCGGCAAGGCGUACCGGUGGAACGGUUGAACGCUGGCAUUCAUCCUUACGCGCUCGAGGACAUGGUCGAGAAUUUGUUACGCUGAGCUGAUGUUAGCUGACAAAGUUGAGAAAACGUCAAGCGAUAGCUGCAAGCUUGUUUAUGUUAGCGGAAUGUUUUCUUUAGGAAAACCCGAAGAAAAGAAACGGUUUCUACGCGAUGCUGGCUGUUAGUGGAAGGGUUUUUGUAUUUGGAGAUAAGCAAACGUUAAACGGUUGAACUGAAAUAAAGUGUAACGUAAAUAUGUUCUAAGAAUAUAA